AUGGCAGCAAACAAUACAGACGUGGUGCGAUCAAGCAGAGGAUUCAAUACGAAUAGUGAGCGAACUCGAGGGACUGCUACAAAUAUGGGCCAAUUCGGCGCUCAGUCGAGCUGGAACACUAAUAUUUGGGGAGAUAAUUUGGCAGACCAACAGAUCGCAGACACAGCUUUAGAAGGCAAGGCGGGUUCAAGUUCUUUGUUGUCGUCUUCGGAGUCGGAUGGUUGGAAUGGUCGCUCGAAUGCUUUCUGGGGCCACGUGAAAACGCCCUCUGCUGCUCUAUCUAGAGCACCCAACACCGGCAUGGCUACAUCACCGAUCCAGACCCGGGCCUCUGAGAGAAGUGCGGCUGCUCUUCCGGAGACGAGCGAUUCAUCCUAUUUCCCACUACCGCGAGCAUCUGGAAUCGGCACGACAGCGAAUCACACGUCAUUUCUACAUAGCGGACCAGAGAGCUUUCCAGUUGCAGGAGAGGGGCUUCCAGUUGGUCCUAUUGGCGGAUCCAGGGUUACUGAUGGCAGACGACAUGCUGGAACAACUACUUUCGGAGGCAGCCAUGUUGGCACAGGGUUUCCGAUGAGAUCUGGGCUCUCGAGCCCACUCGACAGUGCAAGGGCCGAUGACAUCGGGGUCACAAGUGCUAUGGCGAUGUCCUCAAUACCUCAAACCCUACCUGAUUCUGCCUCUCAAACGUUAAACCGCAACGCCUAUGCACAUUCAUCUCACAACUCUACGUCUUUUACGGCUCAGCGGCCUGCCCAUUCAUCGUACCCAUCUUUCCAUUCGGAAAGCCAAGGCUUUGAGGGACGAUACGGAAACAACCCAGUUGACAUCAACGCCGGCUUGAGCAAGCUUCAGGUGGCUGAAGGCGGCUUUGGGCCGCACUCGGGUUCAAAGCGGCCAACAUACUUGUCCCAUCCAUCGUUGGACAGCUCACUCCAACGUUUGAGAUAUCAAGGUCCUAGUGACGAGGGCAAUUAUCAGAACGUGACUACUUACACAAAUGACAGCGCACCUGAUUUGCCAGUAGGUUACCCGGCUACCAGAUCCCGGGUUGGUGACGGUCCGAUCUCCCCAACAGAGUACCCACGGAUGGAAAGUCCCUUUCAUCAAACUCUUGAUGGUGGGCAACUGUCUGGCCCCCACUUCCGGAACACCUCUGGCAGCCGUUUAUCAGACAACCAGGCCGUGGCAUUUGAUCGGCGCCUGCGGGGUAUAGCCACGGAGCAUGAUACCUCCCAACAAUCUUCUAACCCUCUACGACUGCCGCCGUUCCAGCCUGCCUACGAAGUUUCGCGUUAUCAAGCAGCGGGGUUAAAUAAUAUUCCCGGGUUUUACCCGGUCGCGCACCUUGGUGCUGCGGCCCUCGUUUCCAGGGGCCAUCGUGAUCACGACCCUUCGCAAACCGUUAGAAGCCAUGUAUUAGAGGAAUUCCGCGCCAAUAGCAAGGGUAACAAGCGGUACGAGCUUAAGGACAUAUAUAAUUAUAUUGUUGAGUUCAGCGGUGACCAGCAUGGGUCUCGGUUCAUUCAACAAAAGCUAGAAACUGCUAAUAGCGACGAAAAGGAACAAGUGUUCCGCGAAAUUCAGGGUGACAGCUUGCAAUUGAUGACAGACGUGUUUGGCAACUACGUUGUACAGAAGCUUUUCGAACAUGGCAAUCAGACACAGAAGAAAAUCCUGGCGAACCAGAUGAAAGGACAUAUCUUGACUUUAUCCCUUCAGAUGUAUGGAUGUCGGGUGGUACAAAAGGCGUUAGAGCAUAUUCUUACCGACCAGCAAGCAUCCAUGGUCAAGGAACUCGAGAACCAUGUGCUUCGGUGUGUCCGGGAUCAGAACGGCAACCAUGUGAUCCAGAAAGCCAUCGAACGAGUUCCAUCCGAACACGUACAGUUUAUUAUUAACUCCUUCAUCGGGCAAGUGGAAAAACUCGCGACCCAUCCCUACGGAUGCCGUGUUAUCCAGCGGAUGCUUGAACAUUGCAAGGAAGAGGAUCGGCAGGCGAUAUUGUCGGAACUGCACACCGCCACUAGUAGACUUAUUCCGGACCAAUUUGGGAACUACGUGAUUCAGCACGUCAUCGAGAAUGGCGAGGAGUCGGACCGUUCUCGAAUGAUCGCGAAAGUCAUGAAGGAAUUGAUAAUGUUCUCCAGGCACAAGUUUGCCAGCAAUGUUGUUGAGAAGAGUAUAGAUUUUGGAGAACGCUCCCAGCGUCGGCAAAUAAUUACGAUGUUGACGACUCCCGACGAAAAAGGUGAAGACCACUUGGCUGAGCUGAUUCGUGACCAGUAUGGCAACUAUGUGAUUCAAAAGAUAUUGGGUCAGCUGAAGGGAGCUGAGCGAGAGUCGCUUGUGGAAGAAAUUAAACCGGCACUCUGUCACAUGAAGAAAUAUAGCUAUGGCAAGCAGAUUGUAGCCAUCGAAAAAUUGGUCUACGACAGCAACAUUCCCUCAAGCGGCCCUCUCACUGCCCACACCUCCUCAUCCACGACCCCUCCUAAUUCUCACAAGUCGUCUCCUCAACCGUCUAAACGCUCUGUGAGUGCAGUUGAGAGUGCCCGAGCGCCUGUUGUUGGAGCGGCACCGCCCACGCCACCUCCGACAGACUCUCAAGCCAAUGCAGACGGUUCGGUCGAAACCAAGAGUGCUGAUAAAAGCACAGUGACUCCUCUGGCAGAGUCGGAGUCGGCUGAUGCAACGCCAACUGCGCCUGUCAAGAUUAAUGGCACUGCCUAG